UUUUACGCGCUCAACGCAUUUUCCUGCACUUCAAUUCCGGCAUGUUUCGGCUCUGAACGCUCGCUCUCCUUUGCAUAACCUGUUCAACUCCAAUCCUAAGCUCGAUUCACUUCGUCUCCUGCUUUAUUGGAUGAGCCUAACUUCGGAUCACACUUCAUCUCUCGUUUCGCUUCUCACUUCAAUCCGUGCUCCCGUGGUCACAUCCAACUUCAAAGUUUACCACAUCGAACAUCAUCUCGCAAUUCUCAUUCAUCAUGCUCUCCCCCUCCCAAUUCCUCAUCCUCCCCGCCCAACCCCCUGACACCAACAAAGUCUACGACAUCUACUUCCGCGCCUUCGCCGGCUCAGCUCUAACCCGCAUCCUCUUCCCCUCCGCCUUCCCCAGCCCCUCAGAUACCCUCCCCACAGCCGAAUUCCGCGCAUCCCACACCGCCCACACCCUCGCCUGGCUCGCCUCCCCCGCCUCCUCUUUUCAAUACACCUUCAAAGCUGUGGAUGUUGAGAAUGGAGAGGUUGUCGGAAUGGGGCUAUGGGAUAUCCACUACAAGCACCGCGAUGAAGAGGAGUGGAAGUGGAAGGGGGUGGAGUGGUUAGCUAGCACGGAGAGGGAGAGAGCAGAGCAGCUUUUGGGGGAGAUGGUGCACACCAAAGAGCGCUUCGUGGGUGGAAAGCCGCACGUCUACUGCCACGUCAUUGCGGUACACCCCGAGUAUCAGAAGAGGGGCAUUGGGAGGAGGUUGAUGCAAUGGGGGGUUGAGGUCGGGGAGCAGGCUGGGUUGCCGGUGUAUUUGGAGAGUUCAAAGGAGGGGGAGGGGUUGUAUAGGAGCUUAGGGUUUGAGGAGGUGGGAAGGGUGAGGCAUAGGGCGGAGCUGAUUGGGGAGAGCGAGGAUGUGGAGGUGCCGUUGAUGGUGAGAAUGCCGGGGAGUUUGGGGAUAGGGUGGGUGGAGUGGUGUAAGCAAUGAAGAGAGGGAAAAGGUUGAGCGUUAGUAGAAACAGUGAUAUUUUGAAGAGUGCUUUAGCCAGGGGUGAAGAAGUUUCUGGAGUGAGCGAGAGAGAGGUUUAUAUUUUGAUUGACACGAGACAGCGUAUAAGCUUUCUCGUCUUGGAAGAA